AAUUACUUGAAUGCCUGGCGCUAUGAUAAUGCAGUUCAGGACGAUCUCUGGAAUUACCUAACAUUAGCCGCCAAUAAUAGUCUGAAUGUGAAGAAAGUGAUGGACUCGUGGACACUACAGGCCGGGUAUCCUGUGGUGACACUAACUCGGGAUUACUCGCAACGGAAAGCGUGGUUAACACAGAAGAGAUUCUUACUUUACGUCACCUCUAAUGAGACAAAUGGUAUCGAUUCGUCGAAAUACUGGUGGGAAAUACCAAUUACUUAUACCAGUGAACGGAAUGCCAAUUGGGAUCCAAUUACCAAACUAUGGAUGACUCGAAGUAACGCUUCGGAUGAGUUUAUGAUUAAAGACGAAGACAUUCCUAAUAAUGAUGAGUGGAUUAUAGCUAACCUUCAAGAAGUUGGGUAUUAUAGAGUGAAUUACGACACCAACAACUGGAAGCUUAUAAUCAGACAAUUGGUGUCAAAUCACAAGAAAAUUCAUGUGAUAAAUAGGGCUCAGCUUAUAGACGACGCCCUGGAUAUGUCUCGCGCCCAUCUCCUCGACUAUCACAUCGCUCUCAAUAUAACCCAAUAUCUCGUAAAUGAGAAGCAAUUCAUUGCUUGGGAGGCGGCUCUCAAUGCCUUCUCAUUCUUGGAUCGUAUGCUGAGGAGGAGUUCAGCCUAUGGUCUCUGGAAGAUUACUUGGACUGUGAGCGAAGAUUCUGAGAAUAUUCUGGACAAGUAUUUGCAAAUUAGUAUAAUUGGUUGGACCUGUAAAUACGGACACCACGACUGCGUUCAGCAAUCUUUGAAGCGAUUCCGUGAGUGGCAGACAAGAGUGAAAAACGGCGACCAAACAAAUCCAAUACAUCCAAACUUGCGAAGUAUAGUUUACUGCACUGGUAUUGAGUUUGGUUCUGAACAGGACUGGGAUUUCUUGUGGAAUCAGUAUUUGAAUGCAACGGUUGCGUCUGAAAGAGAAAAACUCUUGCGAUCCCUGGCCUGUAGUCGUGAGCCAUGGCUGUUGUCUCGUUAUAUAACGCGUGCUUUCAACGGGUCGAGUGGUAUUAGGAAACAAGACGGCAGUUAUGUGUUUAGAGCCGUCGCCUCCAUUAAAUCUGUCACCUCUUCGAUGAAUUCUGAAUUUGAAUUGAGACAGCUUCAAGAAUUUUACAACACUGUUAAGACAAACGUGGGAACGGCUCAGAGAUCAUUCAUGCAGGCCAUGGAACAGACCACAGCUAACGUGCAUUGGAUGCAAAGUCAUUACCACGAAAUCGAUAACUGGCUCUCAAACACUAAGCAUUUACUAAUUCGAUAGCAAUUACAUUAGAUUUUCUAAGACUAGUCCGAGUAUUGUUUGCCCAAACAUUUUCUAUGAAACCAUAAUUAUAUUUCACUUUACUUUUAAUUUAAUCAACAAUUCUAUUCAUCGAGUUUUCAUUUAAUUUGUUGUUCAUUUCAUUAAUUAAGACCUCAAUUAUGUGUAAUUAGAUCCUUAUGCGAGAC